AGGGCGGGUUAGGUUUUUUAAUGGGCGCUAAUUGUCAAUAUAAGACGAAAAAAAACGGACGAACGUAGCCCUCUACGGCCCUUCCACCUCCUCCUCUCUCAACGUUCUCCAUUGAAGCGCGCACUCAACGUUCUCCAUUGAAGCGCGCACUCAACGUUCUCCAUCGAAGCAACUUACGAGUGAUAACAGGUUGAGAUGGAUAAUGGUAAGUUUGUAGAAGAUGGAGUUGGUUUCUCGGGAGUUGAGAAAAGUCCAUUUGGUGAUUUGUUUUCGGUGAGAAUAAAGCAUGAUGCAGUUGACAAGUUUGAUGUUUAUGGUAACAUUUUUGUUGAAGAUGAAGAUGGUACUUUUUGCAUCUUCAAUCGACAAUUUGAUGAUGCCAGUCUUAUAACUGGUUCCUUGCCUCUAGCUUUUAAUCGGUCACUCCGUGCUAGAUCAAUUUUCACUCUCACUUUUGAUCUCAAAGAUAGAGAUGGUAAUACAAUUGAGGGCAAAGUUGUUGCAAAAUUUACUACAGGGAAAAAUGGCAAUUUUAAAAAGUUGGGUGUUGAUCGUAUCUUUGGUAGUAUGGGUUGUGCAACCAUAUAUUACACUUUUAACCAAGCAGCAGGUUUUUAUGCUAUAAAGGAUGCUAUUCUAAUGAAACAUUCUGCUAACUCUGAAGAUGACAGUUGGGUUCGCGGAACCAUUGUUUUUCAGUAUGGAAGGCCGUUUGAUUCUCGGACUCGUUCUCUUGCAACCCAAGACUUAGAGGACGAUUGUCUUGAUAUUGUGCUAUUUAACGCGACAAACCCUGUGCCAUUGAUAUUGGAUCAUACGGGUUCUUGUUACAACAUUCCUCUUCUAAGAUCGCAUCUGGUUGUACCGUAUGGUUACUCCUCAAUCAUGAAAUUCGACUUGGUUUAUUCUGAUAAGGGCAAGGUCGAACUUAUUCGAUUCAAUAAAGACAUUCCAAAGUAUCCAUUAGGUUUUAAGAUGAUCGUUUCUGACAAGGAAGGGGAUGACAUGCUUGUCAAAUUGAUGCUUGAAUUACUUAUUUUUUAAUCAUAAGAAGUUAGAGACACGGUUCUUAGAAUUAACUCCCUACCUUUGUGUUAUGUUUGUAUUGGUUGUCACUUGGUAAUUGGGAUUGAGAUUGGGAUGGUUUAAUUCCCAUGUUUUAAGUACUUUGUACUAUUAUUAUAACUUUGAUUUUAAUUACUCUAAAUUAAUUCCCAUUA